CUUUGAUCUUGACGCAGGCGCAGUACGCGUAAUGGCGCGAAAAAUGUCAACAUAAAAACAUUCUCAUAUUAAAUAAAUCUCCUGUUUAAGUAAACGUUUUUGAACUCUUGGCAUGGCCACGGACAUCCGAAAGUUUUUCGGCAAAACGCCUGUCAAAAACGAUAAACCUUCAGAAAAAAGUAAACCAGAGCUGACAAAAAUUAAAAAUGGCAAAGAUAGACCUGAACAAAAAUACGUGGACCUUACAGAGGCAAUGGAUGUUGAUGAUUUUCAAGAUGAAAACGGGAAUCGAAAACAAAGUAAGAAAAAGCAGGAUUCAAAAGACAAGAUUAAACAAGAAAAGAGAAAAUCUUUAGAAAAAGAUCAAACUAAAGAUAAUAUGCACAACAAGGAGAAAGAAAAACACAAAGAUAAUGACAAGAAAAGCAAAAAGAGUGAAAAGGGCACAAAAAAGCAGCUGGAUUCAAGUACAUCAGAAAAGGAUGAAAUUGAUGGUGAAGCAGUUACAAAAAAAAGUAAAGCAAAGAAACGUAAAUUGGAGAUAUCCAGUGAUGAAGAAGUGAUCAAUGUUGAAAACAACCAAGAUGAUGAGGACGAUGAUGAGGUCAUAGUUAAGAAAUCACAGCUGAAGAAAAAAGGAAAGAAGAAACCUAAACUGUUUGAUUCAGACGAGGAUGAAGAUCCGAUCCCAAAGGAGAAGAAGGCAAGGAAAUCCAGGAAGAUUGUCCACGUCGGAGGUUCAGAUGGUUACACAGAGGAAGAAAUUCCAGAGCCAAAACCAAAGACAACAUUUAUGGACAAGUUCUUGGCCAGUAAGAGCCCCAGUAAAGACACUGGCUCAUCAAAAGCAUUGAAACCAGAGCCUGCCAAGAAUCUUGGGACUGCAAAGAAACCAGAAGAAGUUAAACCCACCGUCUCUGCUUCAGCUUUCUUUGGAGACACUAGCAUUCAUCGGGUGGAGAGAAAAGUGAUGCCAGCUAAGAAGCCUGUAGGGGAGACCAUUGUUGACCUAGAGCUGCACAGCGAUGAUGAGUUUGAACGCACCCUGGAGCUUAUAGAUGAAGAGGAACUCACUGGAUUGAAGAAAAUUGACAGUAAAGGAACUUCAGAUAAGCUCAGCCUCUCCAGUAAGUUGGCCAGCAAGGCGAGGGAUCAAUCUGUCCAGUCUCCAGAGAAGAAACCCCUCAUACUGGCCCCUGAUACACCAGUCUCCAAACAGCCUUCUCCAAAGAAAGCCAAGAUGGAGUUUAUUAUGAACAGACACGAGAGGAAAACAGAAGCGCCCGCUACAAAGAAAACGCCAGAGAAGAAGGUUUCCCCUGCUAAGCAAGGCUCAGAGAACAAGACAAGUCCAGGGAAACAAGAGUCGGACGGCUUCACUCCAAAAGGAGGUGGGGCUGGCUACCGGGCAUACCUCAACAGGGCCGGGCCACAGUCACUAGGGGCCAAGGAAAUACCAGAGGGAGCUGAGAAUUGCCUGGAGGGUCUCACAUUUGUGAUCACAGGAGUCCUGGACUCAUUUGAGCGUGACGAGGCAAAGGUCGCGGUAGAACGGUACGGGGGAAAGGUCACCGGCAAUGUUAGCAAAAAAACAGACUACCUGGUAGCUGGCAGGGAUCCUGGGCAGAGCAAGAUUACCAAGGCUGAAGCCUUUAGAACCAAGAUUCUGGAUGAAGAUGGCCUACUUGAUUUGAUACGUACAAGACCUGGGAAGAAAUCCAAGUACACCUUACAGGCAGAGGCAUCAGUGAAAAAGGAAAUGGCAGAAACUAAAUCUUCUACAACAGAAAAGUUGUCUUCAUUUAAAAAGGAACAGCAAACACCUUCCAAGUCUCUCUCAUUCAAUACUAAAGACACCCAGUCAGUUUCAAACAAAACAUCGCAUUCUAUCAUUUCAAAUAAAAUACAAUCAGAUUCCAGUAUUUUAAAUUCUGACCAAUCGGAAACUAGUAGCAAACCAAAUACUGAACCUUCAGAGCCAUCAUUACUUUGGGUCGACAAAUACAAACCAACCAGUCUAAAGCAAAUAAUUGGCCAGACUGGAGACAAAAGCAAUGCAAAGAAGCUCCUUCAAUGGUUGACAAACUGGCACAAAGAUCAAGCCUCUGGGAUUAAACCGGUUUCAACUGGAAAGUUUUUUGGUGGGAAAGGUGGGAGUGAAACCGGUGCAGGAUUUAAAGCUGCAUUGCUAUCCGGACCACCUGGGAUUGGAAAAACGACAACUGCUACUCUUGUAUGCCAGGAGGCAGGUUUCUCGUUUGUGGAGUUGAAUGCGUCAGACACACGCAAUGCCAAGAGCCUGAAAGAGGUGAUCUCCCAGUCGGUAGGCAACACAAGCAUCGUGGACUUCAUGGGUAGUGGGGUGUCCAGCACACACGGGCACAAGCACUGCCUGGUGAUGGAUGAGGUGGACGGUAUGUCCGGGAAUGAGGACAGGGGAGGGGUUCAGGAAUUGGUGAACAUUAUCAAGGCAACGAAGAUUCCAAUCAUCACCAUGUGUAACGACCGCAACCACCAGAAGAUGAGGACGCUGGCAAACUACUGCUUUGACCUGCGCUUCCAGAGACCCAGAGUGGAACAAAUCAAGGCAGCAGUGAUGUCCAUAGCGUUCAAGGAGGGGUUUAAAGUCGCACCACCAGCUGUCAAUGAGAUCAUAGUGGCAGCCCAACCAGGAUAUCAGACAGGUAAUAUAGGCCUCAACCAGGAUAUCAGACAGGUAAUUAUGGCCUCAACCAGGAUAUCAGACAGUAUGCAGUAUGGCUGUCCGUUCCCGUCCAUGGCGUCCUCACAGGGCACAGACCAAGGGGUCCCAUGGCGCUCGCCGCUGUGGCCCGUCGGCUAUGUCAUGUGA